UCUGAUAGCAUUGAUUCCCUUGAUUGAUCACCAAAAAGGAUACGGACUGGAGGAAACGGGAUAAAUCGAAACAAUUUCGCUGCACUAAACCUAGGCGACCCAGUCCAUGGCAAAUGUCGAUGAUCCGAAGAAUGAAACAUCGUCUUGGUCCAUUUUCAAUUGGAAAAACAAAGCAGAGAUGGAGGGGCCAAGUGAUGUUCAGAAACCAAGAAUGAGAAGCACGCAAGAGAUCCUCACUAAAUACAAAUACGACGGGGAUGCUGCGGCGGCAGCGGCUCAUGCAAAAGAAAAGCUCCUGGAGCGGAAGGAAAAACUUGAGAGAAUGGUCCAAGAAUCUGCAGAGCUAGAGAGCGAGUCGGAAAACUUCGCAACCCUCGCCCAGCAGAUUACGAAAUCCAUGGAGAGCAAGAGGUGGUGGAACUGGAGAGCAUGAGAUAUAUGCGAUGUGAUACCAAAGCGAGUAAGUUGUGGCGUG